AGGCAGAUGCACACGGCGAUGCACUCAGCGUCCCGGAAAAGCCAGGCGGACAGGAGUUUAAGGACCUUGGCGAAAUGUUGCCCCUGUGUUCAUCCUUCUGCAACUUGGCUCCUCUGUUGACUUUUCAGUAUUUGGUACAAGUAGGUCAUUUAAGACAAUAUUAAGGCACCUGAUUAGGAAAGCAUUCCUAGCUGAACAGUAGAAACUUUGAACUCAGCCUCUUCUUGCUGAUAACCUUCUCGUUCAAUAGUUCUUUCUCAGCAUUCCUUUGGCAGAGAUACUGGGUAGAUAGAAAUCAUCUUUGGGUACGUGGCAGGUGUCACAAGGCACAAGUCCACCCGGGGUCUUUCGGUACAACCGAGGCAGAGUAGAGAGCAGGAAGCAAGUCAUCAUGGAACUGCAGCCUCCACACUGGAGGGGCGAGAGGCCGGCUGAGAAGAGGGACAGGGCAGGUCACGCCGUGCCAGGCAGAUGCAUCCCUUUGACGGGAGAGAGCUGACCAUAGUUGGGCACUCCGAAAGCCAAACAGGAAAUCUGAGUGGCAGCGGACUCAGUAGGCGAUUACUAAGCUCUGCUUGAUUUGAAUAUCAAAUAUUUUUAGCUCUUAAAGUGGGAUCUGGCACCUGAACCCACUGAUCAUACGUGAAUCCCUCACGACACGAUGCAGCGGCCAGUAGACAGCACCGUGUGGAAAUGUCACCACGGGAAGAAAGGAACCCCCGUCUGAUGAAGCCUCUAGGUUUAGCCGCAGGAUGUGGGGAAGGGGAAGACACUGACACCUCGAGGAGGUGGUCAGCCCAUGUUGGAACGUGGGAGACUCCACAUGGCGAGGACUCGGUUUCUCUGUCUUCGCCAUGGCAACAGACGUGCCGCACGAUGGCGACAGUGGGGCGAGGUUAGCGAAUGGAACUGCUGCGUGUGCUCACCUCACUUCUUGUUUCCUCACUCAGACCAGGAGGCAGGGCCAGGCCGGCGCUCUGUGGGGAGCUGGGCCUUUUGCUGGGGCUCCCGCCCCUCCCGGGACGAGCCCUGCGAGGCUCCGCCAGCCCAAGCCCCGAAGCUGGGACAGCUCUUCGGAGUCCCCCUCACGCAGCUCUGUCGGGACGGCGGCCUGCCCGGCACUCUGCUGGACUUGCUUUCCUUUGUCAACCAGAAAGGGCCGCCCGUGGAGGGCAUCUUCAGGAUCUCGCCCAACACGAAGUCCUGCGGCGCCCUGAAGAGGAAACUGGACUCCGGAGACAGAGUGGACUGGGACAGCGAGUCUGUUUGCGUGGUGGCCUCCGUGUUAAAGGAUUUCCUCAGAAACAUCCAGGGGAGCGUGUUUUCGUCCAGCCUGUAUGAGGAAUGGCUCCGUGUCACUGAUCAGGAGGACGAGGAGGAGAGAGUAGCUGCCAUCCAGAGCCUUUUAGGCCAGCUGCCAAAAGAGAACGUUGUCCUUUUGCGACACCUUUUUGGAGUGUUGCACAAUGUAGAGAAACACUCCUCCUCAAAUCUCAUGACGGCGUACAAUCUCGCAGUCUGUGUGGCGCCCAACGUCCUGUGGCCGGCCGACCCCUGCGGCUCAGAGUCCCUGGAAGCGCUCGCCAAAAAGUGAGAAAACUAGGAGAAGAUUCCAGAACAUCCUCGUGGAGCCGCAGUGUGCCUAGACAGGAUGGCAGCUCCUCCCCAAGCUCCCCCAGAGAGCGUCCUGAAGCAAGCGGUGCCUGGGCAGGGACCCCCGCUCGACUUGAAGACGCUCCCUCUGUGGCUGCCCCCUCCUCCGCAUGUGAGCACAGAGCAGCUCUGCCCCCACGCUCUUCACGUUCCACUUAAGAAGGGAACUUC